GAGAAUGCAGCUUCAGCUCGGCGGGGGUUUACGACGGCACCGUGUUCAGCCGGAUAUUUCAGAUCCUUUACAGGAACGAGGAGAUUACAGUGAACGACUGUAUGAUCUUCAAAGUCCACCUGCUGUUAGACGGAGAACGGGUGGAGGAAGCCCUGAGCGAGGUGGACUUUCAGCUGAAACUGGAUCUUCACUUCACAGAAAAUGAGCAACAGCUGGCAGAGAUAGCGACGGUGCCGAUGAUCAGCAGUCGGACCCUCUGCCUCCACUUCCACCCGCGGAGAGGUCUCCACCACCAUGUCCCCGUCAUGUUCGACUACUUCCACCUGUCUGUCAUCUCCGUCUCCAUACAUGCUUCACUGGUUGCCUUACAUCAGCCGCUAAUCAG